AUGAUAAAGUCCAUUGUAACUCUCAUGAUUUAUCGAACAAAAAGUUUAUUUUUACCAAUUAUAUUAUCCACACUGUUAACCCUAUUUACAACGUUUGUUUUAAAUGAAUCUUCGGCCACAGCUACAUUACGUAAAUCUAUUCAAUGUGCCAUAUCCAGUGUGACAAUUAAUUUUGAAUCAAUGUUUAUUGAUUUUCCCGAUUAUACAUUUGAAGAACGACGGCAACAGAUAAUGAAUGAACUACUUAAUGAUCGUAUCGCUACCAGCAAUAGCUUAUGCACCUAUUUGACAACAACUUUCGACUUCGAACUAAUUUAUCCAUUAAUUAUUACAGUUUUAAUUACAUUAUCACUCUCUACGGUGAUAUGA